UUCUACCGCAUGAGGAGCUCGUCUGCGUGAGAUCGUCACAAGUCACAAGGAGCUCGUUGGCUGAAGUUAGUGAAAUAAAUAAGAUAAUGGAUCUGUUGUCCGACCAAGGAUUAAGGCUGGAUGGAAGGAGGGCCAAUGAAUUGCGGAAAAUUAGGUGUAAAUUAGGAGUAUUUGAACAGCCAGAUGGCAGUGCUUAUUUAGAACAAGGAAAUACAAAAGUUUUAGCUGCUGUAUACGGGCCACACCAGGUAAGAGGAAGAGGUCAGAAGGCGAUUCACGAUGCUGUGCUAGUCAACUGUCAGUACAGCAUGGCCACAUUCAGCACUGGGGAGAGGAAGCGGCGACCACGUGGGGAUCGCAAAUCUCAGGAAAUGACCAUGCACUUGAGGCAAGCCCUUACUGCAGCAAUUCGUACUGAACUCUACCCAAGAUCACAGAUAGACAUCUUUCUAGAGGUGCUACAAGCAGAUGGCGGUAACUAUUGUGCAUGUGUCAAUGCUGCCACCUUGGCUCUAAUAGAUGCAGGGAUACCAAUACGAGAGUUUGUGGUCGCUUGUACAGCAUCGCUCGCUGGUGGAGACAACUGCAUGCCGCUGGUAGACAUCAGUCACCUGGAGGAAACUUCCGGAGGUUCUAACCUCACCGUGGCUGCCAUGCCCAUAUCUGGCCAGGUAGUGCUGAUGGACAUGUCCCAGCGAUUUCAUCUGGAUCACCUCAAGAAGGUGAUGGAUUGUGCAAUGCAGGGCUGCCGGGACGUCUAUGAAAUCCUAGACCGUGCAUUACGCGAGUAUCUGACAGAGGUGGGCAGUUCAUCAGCCUGGGGUUCUGUUGACAUCAGCACUCAGCGUAUCCUACAGGUUGUGGAACCCAACACCGAGGACACGUAGGGAACUUGUUUAACUAUCAUUUUUGUAAUAAAGUAUUUUUGUACAGAA